AGUUUAGAAAAAUUGUGAGUUUGCCGCGAAAGAUAAUAAUUCUAUAGUUUUGAGAAGGAAAAACAGUCUUCUUCUUCUCAAGCAUGAAGCCAUGAAGAAGCUAAAACAAGCUCUUUCAAACCCCCGAAAGCCCCAAUUUUCACCACAACCCCACCUCACAACACACUUUUGCAACUCCAUUAUCAACCGUCACUCUUCCAAAGGGGCUCAUGCAUCUGUUCUUCACGCAUACAUCUCCCUGUUUCAACCCAACAAUAUAUCUCCAGAUGCCUAUACAUAUCCAAGCCUACUCAAAUCUUGCACGUUUUUCAACCUUUUUCCACAUGGGGUUUUGUUUCAUCAGCAGAUUAUAGUUAAUGGCUUCUCCUCAGAUGCUUAUGUUGCCUCUUCUUUGAUCAAUUUCUAUGCUAAGUUUGGGUACACGAAUUAUGCACGCUAUAUGUUUGAUGGAAUGUCUAACAAAAAUGUGGUUCCGUGGACGGCUAUGAUUGGGUGUUACUCGAGAAUUGGGGAUGUGGGUACUGCAUUUUCGAUGUAUAAGAGGAUGGUUUGGGAGGGAGUUAGGCCUAGUUCGGUUACUAUGUUGGCAUUGUUGUCGGGUGUUUGUGAGGAUGUUUUAAGUGUGGAGUGUUUGUGUGGUUGUGUUGUGAAGUUGGGGUUUGAUUGUCAUGUGGCUGUGGUGAAUUCGAUGGUGAGUUUGUUUGGGAAAUAUGGAAGAGUUGAGGAUGCAAGAAAGUUGUUUGAGUCGAUGGGUGGGAAAGAUAUUGUUUCGUGGAAUUCUUUAGUUUCAGGUUAUGCCUUGACCGGGAAUGUCAGGGAAGUUAUGUUUCUUAUUAAUAGAAUGAGGUUUGAAGGCUUGGAACCUGAUCAUCAGACUUUUGGGGCAUUGGUGUCUGCUACGGUAAGGCAGAAUAAUGUUAAUACGGGAAAGUUGGUGCAUGCUCAUAUUUUAAGUUCUGAUUUUCAGUUAGAUCUACCAGUUAAAACAUUGCUUAUUUCUAUGUACUUAAAAUUUGGGAAUCAUGAUUAUGCGUAUACUAUAUUUAAACAAACAUUAGACAAGGAUACUAUGCUGUGGACAACUAUGAUCUCCGGUCUUGUACAGAAUGAUUUUGCAGAUAGGGCAGUUGUUUUGUUUCGAGAAAUGUUGAGUUCUGGAGUGAUGCCAUCUUCUGUUACGGUAGCUUGUGCUCUUGCAGCUUGUGCUCAUAUAGGUGCCCUUGAUUUGGGAACCUCAAUUCAUGGUUACAUGGUAAGGCAACAUAUGUCUGUUGAAGUUGCUACCCAGAACUCCCUUGUGACAAUGUAUUCGAAGUGUGGUCAUCUGGAGCGAAGUUGUAAAGUUUUUGAUAUGAUGGACAAAAAGGAUAUUGUCUCCUGGAAUGCUAUUGUUUCUGCGCAUGCACAGAAUGGAGACUUAUGUAAAGGUAUGUGUUUAUUAAAAGAAAUGAGGUUAGCCUCUGAAAUCCCGGACUCAAUAACUGUUGUCUCACUUCUCCAAGCUUGUGCGUCCAUUGGGGCAUACCAUCAGGGAAAAUGGAUUCAUAGCUUUAUCAUUCGAAAUGCCAUUGAAUCAUGCAUCUUGGUUGAUACAACUUUAGUUGAUAUGUACUCCAAGUGUGGUAACUUAGAAAGUGCAAAAAGGUGUUUUGACCGAAUGUUAAAGCAUGAUGCGGUUUCCUGGAGCACCAUCAUUUCUGGAUAUGGUAGUAAUGGUAAAGGAGAAACAGCAUUGGAGCUGUAUGCGGAGUUCCUCAGAACAGGCCUAAGACCGAACCAUGUAAUUUUCUUAUCUAUUCUCUCUGCCUGUAGUCACAGUGGGCUCGUUGAUUACGGUAUAAGGUUGUUCCACACAAUGACAAAGGAUUUCCAGCUCGAACCAAAAGUAGAGCACUGUGCUUGCAUUGUUGAUCUCCUCUGUAGAGCACGUAGGGUUGAAGAUGCCCAUGACUUUUACAAGAAAAUGUUUGCAGAACCAGUAGUUGAUGUCUUAGGGAUUCUGCUUGAUGCUUGUCGUAGCAAUGGCAAGGCAGAACUUGGUGAAACUAUUGCUGAAGAGAUAUUAAUGUUGCAGCCUGGUGAUGCUGGAAAGUAUAUGCAACUGGCACACAACUAUGCCUCCACAGCUAGAUGGGACGAUGUUGGCAAGGCUUUGAUUCAGAUGAGAUCUCAAGGCCUGAAAAAACUUCCGGGCUGGAGUUUUUUUGAAUCUCAAGGGACCAUCACAACAUUUUUCACUGAUCACAGUUCACAUCCACAGUAUGAAGAAAUUGUAGCAAUUUUAAUGUUUUUGAGCAAAGAAAUUAGGAAGCCAGACAUUAUGACCCCCGAGAAGGAAAAAAUAGAUGGAGAUUACAGAAAUUUUGAAAACACUAGCUUCCUCAUGCAAGAACUACUGCAUGUGGAGUCUUGAAAACAAUGUUAUAGGUGUUUGCUUCAAUGCAGUGAUGAGUGGAGAUGCAAAAAUGGCUCUGGUUGUUGAUACAGCUAAUUGGCAACUACUGUAUUGCCAGGAGGUCAACAAAAUGCAGACACUAGAAGAUAUAGGAAGAUGCAGCACUUGGUAAUUGCAGCAUUGCCCACAAAAUGAAGAUUUUUUGGAUUCAACCAACAGUUAUCAAGGACAGGGGAAAAAAGUAUUUUCCUGUGUUAAAUUCAAUCUGGUAAACACUAGGUAAAGCUGACACUUGAAGGUAGAUUUGGACUAAAUCUGAUGAAGCUAGCUUUGAUUGCAAAUUUACUAAGAAGGCUUUAAGUUUCGGUUGAGGGUAACUUUGCUUAGCUAAACAAUUGUACUGGUUUGCAAAAGUUCUCAAACAUUUCCUCUUACCAACCGUAGCAGUACAAAGAAAUCUGCAAGGCUACAGGGUGUAAGGGUCUCAG